CAGCCCGGCCUCGCUUAGGCUCUGCCCAAUAGGCAGGAGGGAAUCGGGAUGGGAGCGGGGGAGGAUCAUGGCGGAUCGGCUAACGCAGUUGCAGGACGCGGUGAACUCGCUUGCAGAUCAGUUUUGUAAUGCCAUUGGGGUAUUGCAGCAAUGUGGCCCACCUGCCUCCUUCAGUAACAUUCAGACAGCGAUAAACAAAGACCAGCCAGCUAAUCCUACAGAAGAAUAUGCUCAGUUGUUUGCAGCAUUGAUUGCACGAACUGCUAAGGAUAUUGAUGUUUUAAUAGAUUCAUUACCUAGUGAAGAAUCAACAGCAGCUUUGCAGGCUGCUAGUCUGUAUCGGUUAGAGGAGGAAAACCAUGAAGCAGCUGCCCGUCUGGAAGAGGUUGUUUAUCGCGGGGAUAUGCUACUAGAAAAGAUACAGAGUGCCCUAGCAGAUAUUGCUCAAUCACAGCUGAAGACCAGAAGUGGUACUCAUAGCCAACCUGUUCCAGAUUCAUAGCAGCAGGGGGCAGCAUUUUGCUGCAAAAGUGAACUUUUAGAUUGUGAAUAAAAUCAUAUUUUUGAAAAAAGUUCUGUAUCAAAUACUUACAGUAAGUUAGCCAUACUGUUGUGUAAAUAUUUUGAGUGAACUGAUUAUGGUAAAAGCAUGUCACUUGUCAAAGCCUUAAAGUCUUCUUAUAUAGCCUCAAGUUUGGUAUGCAAAGCAUUUAUAAACUAAGAAUUGGUGUUCAUGUUGCUGGCACUGCACAUUUAAUGCAUUUCCUUUAUUUCAAAAUACUAAUUUUUUUUUAAGUUUAGCUUCUCUUAUGCAUAGAUGUGUAUCUAAUGGGCUGUCAUCUUCACAAUGUAAAUUUGUAUAGUCCUACUGGGGAAUAAGGGAAAAAUUUUUCUCAGCAUAUUUUUGGUAACCUCUCCUCUAAAUCUUCAAGUUUAGGGGGUCUUAUUUUAUUGUGAGGCUUUUGCAGGAAAUAGAGCUUCACUGUGCAGAGUUCUAUGAGCAAAGUGCUGUGCAUUCUGAGGUUGUUCCAGUGCUCACCUCCUGCAUUGCUGUAUAUACUGUUUAAUUACCAUUUCUACUGUGACACUUUGGCAUACUUAUUACUUGACAGUAUUUUAUCUUCUUUGGCUGCAAGCUAGUAUACAGAUUUCUUGCCAGCUGCAUCCUGUAAAAUGGGACUUUGGAGCAGUAGUGAUUCCUGAUGGACUUCCUGGUUCCUUGCAGACUGCUAGCAGGUCAUAUGGGAUUGGCUGUACCCCUUUGCUUCCGGCUGCUUCUACACAUGCUAGGUUUCUCAUGACAAAGAGUGUUCCUGUAAAAGCAGAUGCUCCUGAAGAGGAGCAUCAGAGGAGUUGGAGGAGAAACAAAAGGUGUCCAGUAGGGAUAGAAGCCAGCAAUGGAAGCUAACUUCCUUUCUAAUAUUUCUCUUGUGUAAGCAGUUGCUGUAGCCACUCCUUGAACAUUGUGUGAGUGUAAAUAUGAAAGGAGUAGUCCCUGAGAUAUUAGAGUUCUUCUAUACUGAAAAAAAUUGUGCCCCUAAUGGUGUGAAUUAAAAACAGAAAAAUUGUGCUCGAUUCAAACAGUAUAAGCUUUUAGGGAUGUUUGGAUCAAUAUUUGAACUUUGUGGCAUAAGUAUGGGAGUGUACACCCUUCUCCCUUAGCAAUCUAAAAAUUUUACUUUGGCUACUUUGUUGUUGAAGAUAGACUGGCUUCUCUUGGAGUCUGUGUGUGUGUGUGUAUAUAGUCUACUCGUUGUCCUGAUUCAAAUUGUUUAUCUGUGUGUACCAGUCAAAAUUUCCCUAAUGUACAUGGAACUGUUAUGCUUCUGUUGUGUUCAGCUGGUCUGAAACAAUUUGAACUUGUUUUUUGGCAACCUACCAAUGGCAAUGGAUGCAAGGAGCCAUACACCCAUUAAAUGGUGCCGUAAAAGGAAGAGUGGAGCAGGUCAUGGGACACGCCUUGUACACUUACAACUGUAACAGUAUGCUGUUCUAAAGAGGACUUUCACAAUAUAAUUAAAUAUGAAGUGGUAAGUACUGCUCGUUGUUGCUAAAAUGGAAAUGUAGGAUUUAAUUACACUUAAAUGGCGAACUUCACCUGCUAUUGUGAGACUCCUGCAAUACCUAGAUACAAGGAAGAAAGGAAACAUGGUCUAUUAAUUCAAAUAGAAGUGGGGCCCAUGCUGUGGUCCCAGCUAUGCCAUGGGCUUCUUUUGUCUCUUGGUAAAUCACUAGAGCUCAGUCUUUCACAAAUAUGUACUAAUUUUAGGUGCUGACUCUGAGGGCCUGACUCUUUUCUUUUUUUAAAUAGAUGUCAGACACCAACUGCAAUUGAAGUCAUGGGAGAUGUGCUCAGCACAUCUAAAAAAACAUGCUCAUGUCUCAAGUUCUGUGCCCUGAAAGUGAGGUACCAAAAUUAAUGAACACUUAACUUGGAGCUAGCCAUCUAUUUUCUCAUCUGUAAAAUGGAGAAAACUUCCCAAUCUCACAGGAGUUUUGAGGUUUAAUAUAUUGCUACAGGAGUUCAAUAGAGAUGGAUUAAAUGGCAUGGUAGCCCAAAUCUUGAAUUCACACUCUCAAAUGGAUUCCCUAAUUACAUUUUAACAUCUGUGUAGUUGCACAGUGGCUCUAAGAUCUGUGUUGUCAGCUAUUUACUUGCCAGAAGUAAACCCAAGCUCAAUAUUUCUUAGCCAUUCAGAAGUUCUCUCUGCAUGGUUACAUCAUCCUUGGAUACUUCAGUUUUGUGCUCUUUAUGUUUCAAUAUUUCCUUGUUUAAAACGUUGCCUUAGUGUAGUAUUUUCUUCAUGCUUGCUGCUUACUCUAGUAUAUUAAUGUGCCAGCCACCUUUAUAUUAAAGUGCGUACUAGUUUCAACAGCUAUUUCUGUUCUGCAUGUGAAGAACUUUAACUCUUAUGCUGGUGGAACGUAGGGCAUGCACACAUUUUGUGUGUCCCCCUUGAUGUCUAGCUCAACAUUUCUACUAAAAUGUCAACAUUUGCUUAUUGACAAUAUAAUAAAAAUAAAACAAAGCAAGGAAAUUG